AUGGAAAAUGAAGACAAUACUUCGUCAUACAUCACCGCUUGCGUUUUGAACGCUUUCUUAUCUUACACCGCUGUAAUGCUAAACUGUUUAACGAUCUACGCCUUAACAAAACUCUCAUCAUUACCAAGACCUUUAAAAACGCUGCUUUUAAGCCUGGCUGUUUCUGAUCUCGGUGUUGGUUUGAUGGUGCUGCCUUCGCGCAUUGUGUCUUUCAUCAUGAUAAUGGGGCAAAAAACUGAAAACAAUCCAGCUUAUAACAUAACCGUCAAAUUCUUUAGUUUUACGUUUAAUCUGUUUGGUUUUGCUUCGUUCUUCGGAGUAACCCUUUUAAGUUUGGAUAGAUUUCUGGCUAUCUACCUCCACCUCAGAUAUCAGGAACUUGUGACCAACAAACGUGUUUAUGCUGUGGUUAUUUUAAAGUGGGCUUUCAGCGCAGGUUUGUCGUUU